ACAGAAAACUACAUGUAGUUAACUAAUCAAUCCUCUAUAAAGCCCUCAUUCUCUUUUCUGACCACAACUCUAAUAACAAAUACAAACAGAAGCAAAGAGAGAAUGGAGUACAAUAAGCAAAGAACUAUGUUAAUUGUAAUGUUGAUUAUAAUAAUGUGGAGCUGUUGUUACAGCCACGCCCAGCUGAGCAGUGACUUCUACAAGGAAAGCUGUCCCUCAUUGUUCUAUGUAGUGAGACGCGAGGUGCAGCGAGCGGUGACAAGGGAGCGCCGCAUGGCUGCUUCUCUCCUCCGGCUAUUCUUUCACGACUGUUUUGUCAACGGGUGUGACGGAUCAAUAUUGUUGGACGAUACUUCCUCAUCUAUGGGAGAGAAAACGGCAGGCCCAAACAAUAAUUCUGUGAGGGGAUUUGCCGUUGUUGACAAAAUCAAGUCGAGGGUUGAGAGACUAUGCCCAGGCGUCGUCUCAUGCGCAGACAUUCUCGCUAUCAUUGCUCGUGACUCUGUCCUCCUCUUGGACGGCCCUGGUUGGAGCGUAAAACUUGGAAGAAGAGAUUCCACCACAGCGAGUUUCACGACCGCCAAUUCAGGCGUUAUCCCUCCUCCAACCUCUACUCUCGACAACCUCAUCAACCGUUUUAGAGCACAAGGUUUAUCCUCACGCGACAUGGUGGCCCUCUCUGGUGCACACACUAUUGGACAAGCUAGAUGCGUCACUUUUAGAGACCGUAUCUACAACGAAAGCAACAACAUUGAACUUUCUUUCGCCUUGUCUAGACAAAGGAGCUGUUCGGCUGCCUCUGGCUCUAGCGACAACAAUGAAGCCACUCUUGAUAUCCACUCUCCUGGAAGGUUUGACCUCAACUACUACAGACAGCUUCUCAACCACAGGGGUCUUCUCACUUCUGACCAAGUUCUUUACAGCGGCGGUUCAACUGACUCGCUUGUCGUGUCUUAUAGUCGUAGUCUGAACGCCUUUUACCGUGAUUUUGUAAGGGGUAUGGUUAAGAUGGGCGAUAUCAAACCCCUUACUGGAUCCAACGGCGAGAUCCGUAACAACUGUCGUAGACCCAAUUGAAUCUCUUACCUCUUUUUGUGUUAUAUAACUUAUAUUACUUUUACGUGUUUUCUACGUCAACUCCUUGAAUAUGCAUUUCCAUUAUAAAAACAUAAUAUAAUAGAGAUCAUGUUAUGUUUGUGGCUAUUCGAUUUUCAUUUAUGUUUCCGUC